AUGCACCUGACUUUCCUCUCACUGUACACGCUCCUCAGCGGCGCUGCGGCGGCCGCCGACGUCUUCAAUGGCAGAGUCACGCUCCUCCAAGCACGCCAGGGGACCGCCACUUUGGGUAACGUCACUUGCGGCACCCACGUCUAUUCCAAGGAUCAGGUCGAUGAUGCCGUUGCGGAGGGCUGCCGCUUGUAUGCCGCGGGUGAGCAGAUCGGCAGCAGCAAGUACCCGCACACCUUCAACAACCGCGAGGGUCUGGUGUUCUCUACAUCCGGCCCGUACCAGGAGUUCCCGAUUUUGAGCAACGGCCAGAUUUACUCAGGCAGAGCUCCCGGUCCUGACCGUGUCGUCUUUAACCCCAACCUCAAUGGCGAGUGCAUCUACGUCGGCUCCAUGACCCACACCGGCGCCCGCACCACCAACGGCUUUGUCUCGUGCGAGGAGGUCUAUGUCGAUGUUGAUGUGCCCGCUACCCCCAGCAGCAGUUCCAAGCCAGCCUCGUCAGCCACCGCGACUGUGUCAUCGCCCUCGUCUGCAACCUCAUCGGCUGCUACCGCGACUCCGACGGCUGCAAGGGACGGCGAUGAUGAGGAGUCGAGCGCUCUGCGCAAAGGUCCUGUUGUUGGGGGUAUUCUAGCCGGUAUCGUGGCAGCCUUGUUUGCUUUUUAA